AUCUGUGCAUGGAAUUUGGUCGUCGCUGGAAGUUAAACUUUAACUGCUAUUUUUAGUUAAAAAUUACAAGUGUGAAGUUCAAAUUGCAAUUUGUCGCUGUCACUUGACACAAGAAUCAUGUUCAUGUGCUGUGUGCAAUGUAUCAGUUCAACUAGGGAAGCAAUUCAAUAAUAAUGAAAGUUCCUAUUUGAUUCAAAGCCUAAAAUAAAAAUUAUACUCCAAAAUAAAUAAUUAAUAAACUUACAUCCACUGCAGCUGUGUGUGUGUGUGUGUGUGUGCGUGUGUUUAUGUUUAUGUUUAUAUGCAUACAUACAUACAUAUGUAAAUAAAUCAAAUUGCUGAAGUUUACUGUUUUUGCAAAAUGCAGACAUGCACACAUACACAUACACAAUGCAAUGCUUGCAUGUAUUAGCCAGUUGCCACAAAUACAUCAGUGAUUACUCGUUAAUUUAACAGGAUCCAAAAACUAUAAAGUGUGUCAUCGUCCUCUGCCUCGAGUGUGAAACGUACAACAAACGAAAUUUAGGAAUAGCAAUUACAAGCUAAAAUAACAAUGGCGCUGCCAAAAAAGAUUAAAUGUUUUAAAUAUUUAGUUUAUAGUUAUGUGUUCCUCUUGGCGCUAACGGGAGCAGCUCAAAUAUUUUUGGGCACAUCCCUGUUGUGGGGACAUUCGGUUUAUUAUGGCAUCGUACAGAACAAGUUGUGGGCACCAGCCGCCAUUCUCCUCUGUCUAGGACCUGUUACUUUCAUACUCUGCUGGAUGGGCUGUCAGGCAACCAAUCAGAGGAAGCGCUGCCUUCUCGGCAUGUUUGCAGCUCUUUUAGUGGCUUGUAUAUGUGUUCAAUUCAUUAUCUGUGGUUGGUCCUUGGCGAUGCGAGAGAAUCUUCCUACAUCCGUCGAGAUUUUCAUUGAUGAUUCGUUUGUAGAGUUCUUAGAUAAGUUUUCGCGCACCAAAGUUGACAACUUGCAUUUGUGGAAUCGCAUGCAAUCGCAGCUACAAUGCUGUGGUGUGGAUGGUCCACUUGACUAUCGACGCCUUUCGCUGCCCUGGUCCUGCUGCUCCCGCCCCGAGCACGCAUACGAAUCGGCCUGUGACACUCACUACAAGCGUGGCUGCUUGGCUGUUGUAUCGGAGCAAAUCAAGAGUCGACUGCUGAUCACCGCAUUUGGCGCUGCCAUUAUUGCCAUUCUGCAGAGCUUGGGCAUCUUCUGCGCAGUGCAUUUGACCAUUUUGUUUGGCAAGAACGACAACACCCAUCCCAUGAACAACAUGAACCGGAAAAAGAAGCAACAGCAAUUUUUGCCACUGACCAUUCAGGACAAGAGGCACGAUCUACCAUCACCCAUUAAUCUGUCGCCCUCGGCACCCGGUCAGCGUGUUUUAAAAACUGCUCUGCCUCCGGCAAUGCACAAAUGACAGACGAUUAGCUUUUAAUAUUUAAAACAAAAAUUUAUGAGAAACUCCAAAAGUUAUAAAAAUGUUGUAACCUGAGAUGGAAUGAAUAUAACUGUGACCCUCAAUGUUACGUUAUGGUAAUUUUCCAAAAAUUUACCGUUCGCAAAACAAGCAAAAAUGCAAAAAAAAAACAAAAUAUGAACAA